AUGCAGACGGAAGUCCAAACCAAGGGCUUAGGGGGGGAGUCGUCUAGGCCAGUUAAGAGACGUGCCCGAAUCGCAUGCACACCUUGUCGACUCCGCAAGGUCCGAUGUGAUGUUUCUAUGCACGGCAUUCCUUGUGUUCACUGCAGACUGGAUAAACAGGAUUGCAGCAUCAUACCAAGGGUGCGAAAAAGUCCAGAACCUAAUUUUUUGAAAGCUCGAUCAAAUCAGCAACCACAACAAAGACGGGUGUCUCUGCCCAUAGUCCGAUCUUCUAGUCCUCAACCACUGUUCGACUCUGACACGCAGGACUAUCCAACCGGGCCCGCUGUUCUGGAAAAUGUUAAUCCGUCAACAAUACCCGUUGCACGCGAUAUCUUCAAACCCCCAGCUGAAGUUUUAGACACUGGUCGGCAGGAAACUCUACGGUCGUAUCAGGCUUCACGUGGUGUUGAAACUACAAGUCCAUCUUCCGACGCGACACGGGCCGGCGGACUGUUGUUGGAGAACAAUGGUACACAACCCAUCUUUGAGGCUGCUUCAAGUACUACGACCUCAUGGAUGCAUCGGCGUGGAAAUUUUGUUCAUUUUUCCUCUUACCAAUGCAUUGAGGUAUUUGAUCUGACUCGCGUCGAACCUUUCGCUGCUCUACUUCUAGAGGAGUAUGGAUGUUUCUAUGUUCCCGCCAAACCCAUACUCUAUGAGUUUAUCAGGCAAUACUUCCUACAUAUCCACCCAGUACUCCCCGUUAUGGACGAGGUGAAGUUCCUGGACAUGUUCCAUACGAACACCGUGAUACGACCUUGUCAAGAGCAAGUGCCACUCUUCCUUUUUCACGCUAUACUCUUUCUUGCUAGCUCGGUAGGUUUGAUUUAUGAUUUUCCACAGCUACUUUUCGUCAUGUGUCCUUCUAUCAACGAUGCCGCAAGAGCUCGAUGUGCACUGAUGCUGACUUACCAUGCACCUUUCACUAGUGAUGGAGCCAGUACUUUCUGGUUAAGCCAAGCAGUUGACUACUCAAAAAGAGCUGGGGCUCAUUUAUGUACCCGGAUAGACAACGAUUCACGUGAGAAGAUAUUUCUAAAACGUCUAUGGUGGUGCUGCAUAUUGCGUGACAGGAUUAUGGCAUUGGUACUGCGACAACAACUCCAUAUCAAGCCCGCAGACUUUGAUCUCUCCCUGCCAGGACCGGGUCAAAACGACUUUGCGGACGAGAUAAGAUUUUCCAUGGUAUAUGAUAAAACCACGAAAGUAAACUUAGUACACGUCUUCGGAGUGCUCUGCGAACUAGCUGUUGUGCUAAACGACGUUCUUAAAGUUCUUCAUUCGGGAACACUCUUGAGGAGGGGCGAAGUCCAGCCGAGCCAUAAAGAAAUGAGACAGUGGUCCUGUGAGCUUGAUAUAUGGUAUGAACGAGCUCUCGAUAGAUUUAGUGUCUUGACAUCCGUUCCUGAAGCUCACAAAUCUCUAAUUCUCUUCAGAAACAUGAUAUACAUAUACUACAACACCGCCAAGGCUUUUCUGUGUCAUCAUAACCUUCUGCUCCUUACGGUUCAAUACAAGAAUCAAGAGGACCAGGAAGGGCUUCUGUUCGAAGCUCAGAUGGGUAUGAUUACAUCUCUACGCAGCAUAACUGAUAAUCUAUCUGAACUGGAGCACAUGGGUCUUUCUCAGUUCUUACCCAACACUUUUAUCGGAUUCUCUGCUUUCCCGUUUAUCUGGUACUUGCUUGAUAUGAGAUUGAAGUCCGUUGGACCAUCUCACAAGACUCAAAGAGGCCUGAGAGUAUAUACUAGUAUCAUGUGGAAGUUUCAGACACGCUUCGAAAGUACUAACGACGUGCUUUCAAGUAUUAAGAAGACUGUGGAUUAUAUUCAGACCAAUGAAGGGCCGUCGCCAGCUUUCACUGGUCUUACUCACCAAAGCCUAAGGCACAGAAUAACAGCACCAAUGCCGAGAUCGCUCACUAGAGACGAAUUGGCCGCCGUGUUUCUUAAAGGCCCACUGGUGUUUCUUCGGAUCUCGAUUACCGUGGAAUCAUCUCUAUCACAUGGACGAUUCCCUUCUGAAGCUGACUUUCCGGAAGAAUUGCGGGUAAUCCAACAAAAAUAUGAGGUACCCGACCUAACCUUCCUAGCAAACAUACCUGAGGAAAUGUGGUCGAUGUGUUUACAAGAAGUCUUGGAUGCAGGUGUAGGAGCUUAAGCAGAAAUAACAGCUCGUUGAGUUUUUUUUUGUGGUCUCUAGUUUGAAUUCUAUAAUUAAUAACCGUAAUGAACCUAUGAACAACGCAGAAC